AUGCCAUCGAUCGGUAUAGACACUAUCAGAAGUUGUAAUAUUCUACAGUUUUUCACCCUCAACCAGUUAUUACGAGAGAGGUUUAAGAAACUUAAUGAGAAGUUGUUACAAGUAUUCCGGAUAUUGAGAGAAGAAGAAUUAGAUUUAAAAGUGGCUACAUCCCUUAGUAAUUUCUGCGAUUCACACACUACGUUGAGAGUCCGAAAGCCCAACGCAAGAGAACGAUUCCUCUUUGGCAAUGCAGAGUCUACUGUCACAUCGAGCAGAAGAACUAGUAGCAGCAAAUUAUCAUCUCAUACACCAGUGACAACAGCGAACAGUCAUACACGUUUAAUACAAUUACGGCGGGUCCACUUCCUUCUCUGUGAACUUAGCCAAAAUGUGAACAACCUCUUCAGCAUACGAAAUCUCCUACAGCUAAUUAGCUGCUUUGUGUGUGGCUUGUCAUACACAUACACACUUGUGGUGACCGUUAUGAAAUUAAAGAUAUCAACGUCGGCAUACGGAGAAUCUCACCUUAUACUGUUGUGCUUUUUAGUGGUUACAGUCAAUGUCUGGUGGCUUGGCAGCAUUGCCUACAGCAGUGAGGCGGUAAAACGAGAAUCUGGCCGCACGGGCCGUCUGGUGAAGAAGCUGCUGCUGUUGCCAGUACAAGGCGACUGCAGCUGUCCUGCAGAACUUCAGCUGUUUGCCCAGCAGCUGGCUGGGAGUCUGGUCAGCUACACUGCAGCAGGGCUCUUCUCUCUGGACCUGUCCAUGGUGAAGCCAGCCGUGGCCACCGCCGCCACUUAUCUGGUCGUUAUGGUCCAGUUUGGAUUGUCUGAUAUCUGCACGCAGUCAAACAACACCAGUAACUAUCUUGAUGAAGCUACUAAUUAA